AGACGCUCACACCGACACAGACAGACGCACAGACGGGCGGGCAGACACCGACAGAGUCUCCCAGCCGUUUGCGCUCCAGUCCUGGCCUAGGGAGCCCCCCGCACCCUCUGGGGUGCGGCAAACUGCAGCUUGGCAGGCCCGCGCCGGGAGAAGGGAGGGCGCGCAGGCGGCCGGAGGAGAGGAGGUCCCAGCGCGCCCCCGCUGCGAUGUGAAGGGCGGCGGCUCUCACCUGGAGCCGCACCUGGGGCGCCGAGCUCCGGGGCCGCGGAAAGAAUGCACGCCGCCCGUGCGCUCCGCCUGCCGCGUCUGGCCACCCGCAGCCGCCGCGUCCCCACCUGACCAUGGAGUGCGCCCUCCUGCUCGCGUGUGCCCUCCCGGCUGCGGGUUCGGGCCCGCGGAGGGGCCCGGCGGGACUGGGGAGCGUGGCCAAGGCGCUCCAGCUGUGCUGCCUCUGCUGUGCGUCGGUCGCCGCGGCCUUAACCAGUGACAGCAGCAGCGGCGCCAGCGGAUUAAAUGAUGAUUACGUCUUUGUCACGCCAGUAGAAGUAGACUCAGCUGGGUCAUAUAUUUCACAUGACAUUUUGCACAACGGCAGGAAAAAGCGAUCGGCGCAGAAUGCCAGAAGCUCCCUGCACUACCGAUUUUCAGCAUUUGGACAGGAACUGCACUUAGAACUUAAGCCCUCGGCGAUUUUGAGCAGUCAUUUUAUUGUCCAGGUACUUGGAAAAGAUGGUGCUUCGGAGACUCAGAAACCCGAGGUGCAGCAAUGCUUCUAUCAGGGCUUUAUCAGAAAUGACAGCUCCUCCUCUGUCGCUGUGUCUACGUGUGCUGGCUUGUCAGGUUUAAUAAGGACACGAAAAAAUGAAUUCCUCAUCUCGCCGUUACCUCAGCUCCUGGCCCAGGAACACAACUACAGCUCCCCUGCGGGUCACCAUCCUCACGUACUGUACAAAAGGACAGCAGAGGAGAAGGUCCAGCGGUACCGUGGCUACCCCGGCUCUGGCCGGAAUUAUCCUGGUUACUCCCCAAGUCACAUUCCCCAUGCAUCUCAGAGUCGAGAGACAGAGUAUCACCAUCGAAGGUUGCAAAAGCAGCAUUUUUGUGGACGACGCAAGAAAUAUGCUCCCCAGCCUCCCACAGCGGACACCUAUCUAAGGUUUGAUGAAUAUGGGAGCUCUGGGCGACCCAGGAGAUCAGCUGGAAAAUCACAAAAGGGCCUAAACGUGGAAACCCUUGUGGUGGCAGACAAGAAAAUGGUGGAAAAGCAUGGCAAGGGAAAUGUCACCACGUACAUUCUCACAGUAAUGAACAUGGUUUCUGGCCUGUUUAAAGAUGGGACUAUUGGAAGUGACAUAAACGUGGUUGUGGUGAGCCUCAUUCUUCUGGAACAAGAACCUGGAGGAUUAUUGAUCAACCAUCAUGCAGACCAGUCUCUGAAUAGUUUUUGUCAAUGGCAGUCUGCGCUCAUUGGAAAGAAUGGCAAGAGACAUGAUCAUGCCAUCUUACUCACGGGAUUUGAUAUUUGUUCUUGGAAGAAUGAACCAUGUGACACUCUAGGGUUUGCCCCCAUCAGUGGCAUGUGCUCUAAGUACCGAAGUUGUACCAUCAAUGAGGACACAGGACUUGGCCUUGCCUUCACCAUUGCUCAUGAGUCGGGGCACAACUUUGGCAUGAUUCACGAUGGAGAAGGGAAUCCCUGCAGAAAGGCUGAAGGCAAUAUCAUGUCUCCCACACUGACCGGAAACAAUGGCGUGUUUUCAUGGUCCUCCUGCAGCCGCCAGUAUCUCAAGAAAUUCCUCAGCACACCUCAGGCGGGGUGUCUAGUGGAUGAGCCCAAGCAAGCAGGACAGUAUAAAUAUCCGGACAAACUACCGGGACAGAUUUAUGAUGCUGACACACAGUGUAAAUGGCAAUUUGGAGCAAAAGCCAAGUUAUGCAGCCUUGGUUUUGUGAAGGACAUUUGCAAAUCACUUUGGUGCCACCGAGUAGGCCAUAGGUGUGAGACCAAGUUUAUGCCCGCAGCGGAAGGGACCGUUUGUGGCUUGAGUAUGUGGUGUCGGCAAGGCCAGUGCGUGAAGUUUGGGGAGCUCGGGCCCCGGCCUGUCCACGGCCAGUGGUCCACCUGGUCGAAGUGGUCAGAAUGUUCCCGGACAUGUGGUGCGGGAGUCAAGUACCAGGAGAGACACUGCAAUAACCCCAAGCCUCAGUAUGGUGGCAAAUUCUGUCCAGGUUCUAGCCGUAUUUAUCAGCUGUGCAACAUUAACCCUUGCAGUGAAAAUAGCUUGGAUUUUCGGGCUCAACAGUGUGCAGAAUAUAACAGCAAACCUUUCCGUGGAUGGUUCUACCAGUGGAAACCCUAUACAAAAGUGGAAGAGGAAGAUCGAUGCAAACUGUACUGCAAGGCUGAGAACUUUGAAUUUUUUUUUGCAAUGUCUGGCAAAGUGAAAGAUGGAACUCCCUGCUCCCCAAACAAAAAUGAUGUUUGUAUUGAUGGGGUUUGUGAACUAGUGGGAUGUGAUCAUGAACUAGGCUCUAAAGCAGUCUCAGAUGCAUGUGGCGUUUGCAAAGGUGAUAAUUCAACUUGCAAGUUUUAUAAAGGCCUGUACCUCAACCAGCAUAAAGCAAAUGAAUAUUAUCCGGUGGUCAUCAUUCCAGCUGGUGCCCGAAGCAUCGAAAUCCAGGAACUGCAGGUUUCCUCCAGUUACCUGGCAGUUCGAAGCCUCAAUCAAAAGUAUUACCUCACCGGGGACUGGAGCAUCGACUGGCCCGGGGAGUUCCCCUUCGCUGGGACCACGUUUGAAUACCAGCGCUCCUUCAACCGCCCGGAACGUCUGUACGCGCUGGGGCCCACAAAUGAGACGCUGGUCUUUGAAAUUCUGAUGCAAGGCAAAAAUCCAGGGAUAGCUUGGAAGUAUGCACUUCCCAAGGUCGUGAAUGGAACUCCACCAGCCACAAAAAGACCUGCCUAUGCCUGGAGUGUCGUGCAGUCAGAGUGCUCUGUCUCCUGCGGUGGAGGUUACAUAAAUGUAAAGGCCAUUUGCUCGCGAGAUCAGAAUACUCAAGUCAAUUCCUCAUUCUGCAGUGCAAGAACCAAGCCAGUAACUGAACCCAAAAUCUGCAACGCUUUCUCCUGCCCAGCUUACUGGAUGCCAGGUGAAUGGAGUGCAUGCAGCAAGUCCUGUGCCGGAGGCCAGCAGAGCCGAAAGAUCCAGUGUGUGCAAAAGAAGCCCUUCCAAAAGGAGGAAGCAGUGUUGCAUUCUCUCUGUCCAGUGAGCACACCCACUCAGGUCCAAGCCUGCAACAGCCACGCCUGCCCUCCAGAAUGGAGCCUUGGACCCUGGUCUCAGUGUUCCAAGACCUGUGGACGAGGGGUGAGGAAGCGUGAACUCCUGUGCAAGGGCUCUGCCGCAGAAACCCUCCCGGAGAGCCAGUGUACCAGCCUCCCCAGACCUGAGCUGCAGGAGAGCUGUGUGCUUGGACGAUGCCCGAAGAACAACCGGCUACAGUGGGUCGCUUCUUCGUGGAGCGAGUGUUCUGCAACCUGUGGUUUGGGUGUGAGGAAGAGGGAGAUGAAGUGCAGCGAGAAGGGCUUCCAGGGAAAGCUGUUAACGUUCCCAGAGCGAAGAUGCCGUAAUAUUAAGAAACCAAACAUGGACUUGGAAGAGACCUGCAACCGACGGGCUUGCCCAGCCCAUCCAGUGUACAACGUGGUAGCUGGAUGGUAUUCAUCACCGUGGCAGCAGUGCACAGUCACCUGUGGGGGAGGGGUCCAGACCCGGUCGGUCCACUGUGUUCAGCAAGGCCGGCCUUCCUCAAGUUGUCUGCUCCAUCAGAAACCUCCGGUGCUACGAGCCUGUAAUACAAACUUCUGUCCAGCUCCUGAAAAGAGAGAGGAUCCAUCCUGUGUAGAUUUCUUCAACUGGUGUCACCUAGUUCCUCAGCACGGUGUCUGCAACCACAAGUUUUACGGAAAACAAUGCUGCAAGUCAUGCACAAGGAAGAUCUGAUCUUGGUGUCCUCGCCAGGGGCUUACCUUUCAACCUCUGGAGAGACCAGCUGCCUUUGAGACCAGGAGCUGAGCACUGAGAACCAUUUGUGAGCUGCGGCUGUGAUGAACGAGCCUGCUCUGAGGAACAGACAGGUUGCCACUAGGCUCCUAUUUCAAUUCCCUGAAGCACGUGGUACUCUGAAGCACUUGAAAAUGGGAAGCGAUGACAAAUCUGACUUUAAAAAAAAUCUUUGAUUUGCACUGUUACAUGCAAGAAGUGGUGAAUCACACUGAGAUAUGUCCAUUUGGGGAGAGACUCCCUUUUGAACUUCAAAGGGUUCAAGGGCAAAGACAUCUGUUUCAAAAAGGUCCUUUAUGACUUCAGGUCAAAGACUGAGACUCAGAACUUUCAAAUCUGGAUGGAAUACCUUGCCUAACUGUUGCGUGGAGUUCACAGUUUGACUAACCCUGUGAACACCCAAGCCAGGAGUUCUAUGAGAAGCCAAUGGUGCUCACAAUUGUGCUUGCUGCUGGACUAGCAAGCUUCAUGUUAUGUUUAUUUGGUGUGUGUGUGUCUUUAUUAUUUUGUGUAAACUAUAUUCUGCUUAUAGAGAGUCUCUGAGACUAAAAUUGACAACUUGAAAAGUAUUCCAAGGAAUAUUAUGAAGAUAGGGCAACAUGGACUAUUUAAGAUCUCCAUGUAAUUGAAAUUCAUACAAGAAAACAACUCAUAGAAAAGAUAAAUAUGGAUGCCCUUCACAUGUUAUCAACCUCGUAACUUUUGGUGCUUGCUGAAAUCAGUCCAUGAAAAGCUAGAGCCCGCUCUUUGGGAAUGAAACUUGGCAACAUACCCAUUUCUGAUAUUUAAAAAUUAUCUAGGAAGAGCUAACUGGCAAAACAGCAGUGUUGUGAAGGAGAAGGGACCAUCAUUUAUUUAUAAUGCUCUGUACAUACUACCAACCAGAGCUGCUUGGGAAAUUAAAGGCCACUUGUGACUUUUUCCUACCAACUGAUAUGUUUAAAUUUGCCCUAGGAUUUAGCUAACAAACAGCAAAAAAAAAAAAAAAGAAAGAAAGAAAGGAGGAAACAGUGGUAAUAAAAAAAUCCAUCUGUCUUCUUGCUAUGUUAAUAUUAAUAAAUCAUAAUAUGACAAGACCCUCACUAAAUAAAAGUAUUUUCAGUCAUCAGAAGCCAGCUGUUGGUAGGCAUUAAUGAGUUUAAAAUUGUUCUCAAUUGAAAAAACAUCACACUAUUUUGCCAAAACCAAAGUAAUUAUAAUACUGUGUCCUCCUGUAAUUUUUUGAGAAGUGGUUAUAAAGGGCAUAUUUACAUAAAUUCUACUUUAUUCCUCAACUUCUUUGAUGAAUGUAACCCAGUUUUACUUCUUUAAAAAGUCUCAAUUCUAGCUGGAUUAGCCAGCUCAGCAUAAUCAACUAGACAGUGGUUUGUUAAAUUUAGUAGCAUACUUUGUUCCCAUUCUAAUUAAAAUCAGAGUUCUUGAAUCCCAGAGAAAUACUGUUUAGAAACUUCUCUCAAUCUGCUUGGCUUGGCCUAGAGGAGUGGCCAUUUUAUCAACAGGAAAAAAAAAAACUUCUCCACUACAACCCUGUUGCCUUCUGAAAAACAGCAAGUUAUUUCUUUAUAUAAUUAUCAUUUUAUUAUUUUAUGGAAAAUUAAUUUAUUAAUAGCCUAUUAUGUGUUCUCACUUGCUUCUCUAAGUAAUAUUUUGAGAAAAAUGUUGAAUAAAACCAUGGAUUAUAGAGAAAAGUCAAAAUAUAUGUGUAAUAUUUAAUUAUUUUAUAAGUUUUAUAAUAAAGUAUUCCAUUUCUUUAUCUUUGA